CUGAUGACUCCAAAGCGUCGUAGGGACUCGAGUGACGUUCGCCGGAGAUCAUUCAACUUCCAACUUCGAAGAUUUCUGUCGUCAAGAACUUCUCAAAAAUCAAUUCGCACCUCCACAAUGAUGCGUUCCCUCGCCGCCGUUCUCUUGGUUGUGAUCAGCCUGAGCGCUUCAUGCCAAGGCAAAGUUUACUCGAGGUGCAAGCUUGCCAAAGAGCUGAAAUGCGUCUACGGCUUUCCGCAGAGCAGCCUCGCCAACUGGGUGUGUCUGGUACAGGCCGCGAGCUCCUUCAAUACCGCGGCUGUUGGAUACUACGGGGCCAUUGCUAGUCGUCCACAUAAAGGCUACGGCUUGUUCCAGAUCAGCGAUUAUUUUUGGUGUAAUUCGGGCACAGGCAUGAACGGCUGCAGCAUCAGUUGUGCGAAACUGAAAGACAACAAUAUUGCGGACGAUGUCAAAUGCGCCAGGAAGAUUUUUGGGCGCCAAGGCUUCAACGCCUGGCCCGGCUGGAGGAACAAAUGUAAUGGCAAGAACUUGUCCUCCUACACCCGUGGCUGCAAGCUUACCUGCUGAGCGCCGCCGCCCCGUGAGCUGAUAGAUCUUCCUGCGCGAUGAUCGGCAUUUAAUUUCAUUUAAUUAACACAUUUGAUUCAUAUAUUAUUUGUGCAUUCUGCUUCUGCAGUGCCUGCUCAAUGCGCUGGCUUCACAUUCUAACACUAUUUGGUCAUAUUAAUAAUAUUGACCGAUUGCUGAAGCUUUAAAAUCGCUAUACCUACGUGUUCUUGCAUUUUAAUAUAAACUCUGUGUAAA